AUGUCAUAUGAAGUUGUCCAAGGCGAGCAAAGUUUAGAGAAUAAGGUAAACCACAAGAAUUUUAUCCUAAAUUUGGCGUUUAAAACGCUGCCCCUCUGUCUUCUUUCAAUCUUUUUGUCGGACCGUUAUCUCUUUCCUAAAGCUUCAGGACAGGAUUCAGUUCCGACUAUAAUGUUCAACAAAUUGUUCCGAAACCCCUUCCAGGGAGGUCUCUUAGUCUAGUAAGCACUACGUAAUAUUUGGCUUUCGGCCCAUCGGCAGUAAUUCAGUUCAUGAUUUACCGUCGUUUAGUGUUCGUUACCUUUGGGUGCGUUGCCUGACGCGUGGACUGCCGGAGCGAAUAACGUAUAGACCGGCAUGUAAUAUGCCGUUCUAGGACCCUUAUCCUUUAUUUCGCCCUGAUCGUCCCCGUCAAACCGAAGGGCAGAUAGAGGGGAGCGGUAUUUGCUGUCAUAAGUUAACUUGUCGGCUACGAUUUCAGCUAUCACUAUCUCUUCAAAUGACUAAGUUUCCGCUUACAUCCGUUCCGGUCUCUCAGGUGUCUUCCUCCUAUCCCAUGACGACCUGCUUUCUUGGGGUCUUUCACGUGGCCAUGGGGAGCAAUAGUCAAUGGCCACCGGUGUGCCAUCUCGGUAUUUUAAUCUCACUUAAGGUAAACGCACAUUGCUGUAAAAUGAGCGUCACGAGUUAAUAGUGGCGUGGCAAAUACGCACGCAGUGUGCGAAAACUCCGUCGAAUAGGUAAAUGUUCCUUAUACCACCGGGCGCCAAUCUCAUCAACUCAAAACUUCUGUCACUGUCAGAUCCAAGCCUUAAAUAAUCAGCAUACUCUAGGUGAACGUCUACCCAGCGGUCUUAGCAUGUCCGCUUGAAUUGCUGCCCUUGCGUAUGUAAGCCCAUUAUCCUGACGUCCAGUUUCCGUGGCACGGGUAUAAUCAUCUGAAUUCAACCAGUACCUUUUAUUGCUAACUACAUUUUCCUGAAUGCUCGUUUCUGGGAAAGGCAUGUUUGUUGGGAUCUUGCAUUGUUUGGGAGAGCCAGUGGAUCGGUGCGCGCCUAUAUAAAUACCCGAUCUACAAGAACAGUAAAUGCCAGGUGAUGGGGCACUUAUGAGCCUCGGUUUAAUGAAGUGCUUAUGACACCUAGUGGACCCCGUCUGUAGGCCGCCUGCUCUCUGUGCAUGCACUUGCUUGUGUUUUUGGUUCCAGAUGGUGGCCAAUUGAAGAUGGAGUAAGCUCAAAGCAGUUUUGUGUCAAUCUGCUCACAUUCUCUAUUGUCUUCCAUCUGAUAUACGCGCAAAUACAUUGGAAUAGCCGCUCCUGGCUUAUUGGCAUCAUCAGCCAGUCUCCUUUGUCUCUGUCGAUGUUCCGCUCGGCCAACUCAGUCAGUAUGUGACUGUCAUCAUGUGUUACUGAAAAAUGAGCAUCUCAAGAAAUUUACCUAGAAGGUACAGAGAAGGACCAGCGCAAAGUCAAGGUAGACUGGAAUCGCCACUUUUGGCUCAUUAGUCGUCAUCAGCCAGCCAUACCUAACCCCAAGUUUGCAACCUCGGAGACUGACUCGUUUUCUGCUUGGUAGUCCACCGCUCUAACUGCUGAGCCGCUGGCUCGUGCUGUCGGUUGUGAUUAGGUAUAUUAACUGGUAGACGGCGCCCACCAAUCUUGUAGAGGAACCUACUCGUUUCGCGCUUUGAGGUGCAAACUAGAACCCCCUCAAACGGUAGCAUAGCGACUAAUGGCGUAGGUAGGUAAUCAUAAUUAGUAUUCCCUGCCACAACCGACAGCACAACAGGCCCUUGGCUGAGUGGUAGUAUUGCACUCAAUGACAAGAUCCCGGUUUGGACCUCACGUGAUCCGCACCUAGGAUUGGGUAUGACUGGGUGAUGACGGCUAAUAAGUCAGAAAUAGCCAUUCCGGUCUCCCUUGUCUUUAUCGGUACCACCUCACCUAUCUCCACCACUAGUCGCUGUGGCUGCCUGCGAGGGUUGUAGUUAUGAGCCCCAAGUUAACGGGACGAUCGUGCUCCGUAAACGAUAAGGGGGCGCCAAUCUGUCACAUAUGCGCAGUGCAGGUACUAUAUGGUCCGUGGGCUCGCCAUCUCUUCGUAUUCCGAGGAAUUAUGGACCACAUAUAUCGCCUCCCAAAUUCAUGAGGAGGCUUGGAAGUUUUCCUACCGGUCCCGUGUUAGACCGUGCGUUGUGUACGGCUGUGCCAACAUGCGGAAGCAGCUUCAGGAGCUCUCCUACGGCUGUAACUUACUCGUAGCCAUAUAUAUAUAUACAUAUAAAUAUGAUGGUAGGGGGCGCUCACCAACAGGUCGCGAGUUCGAGGCUCGGGUGUUCCACACUUCGGGCUUGGGUAUGGCUGGCUGACGACGGCUAAUAAACCAGAAAUGGGCCUACAGAGAUUCCACGUUCGUUUGAUCUAACGUCUGCAAUUAGUUAUUUUACCUUGUCUGUGCGAGGAACAGAGUCUUUAUAUGUUUAGAUUGCUUAACGAAGGUUUACGUAUUUAAACAAGGUGCGCUAAUUAAUGUACGAUAUGCCAUUUCUUACGCCCGCUACUUACCUUUUAGUUCUCUAACUUUCAACUCACAGAUGAAGCGCCUCGUAGCGAACCUGAGCGCAAAUAUAUUCCGCCACAUAUGCGCCAAGGCACCUAUAUACCUGAACCGGAUGUAUCUUACGAGCGUGGUUCCGCUCAUACUUUCGGCAGUCGUGGUGGAUCCUACCAAGACGGCUUUCGAGGACGAGGGAGAGGUGGUGGCGGAUUUGGAAAUAGAUCGGAUUUCUCCCGCCAAGGUGGAUUCCAAAACAGCAGAUGGCAAGAACCAAGUGACAGGUACGCGAGAUUUUUCCACUAAUUAUUUAGUUUCCGUGGCGGCCGUUAUAGUGCUGGAGGUGCUUUCCCAAGUGUUCGCCGCGGACCGGACGAGUCAUCCGCUGUAGACUGGAGUGUCCAAACUCCGAGAAAUGAGCGCUUAGAAAAAGAACUGUUUCACAAGGCCAACACGGGCAUCAAUUUUGACCAGUAUGACAACAUCCCAGUCAGCAUGACGGGACCUGACGUUGAUAACAUUGUCCCGAUAAGCACUUACGGGGAUCUGUCCUUAAGUCCUAUAAUGCGAGACAAUAUCGCCUGCGCCCAGUAUUCCCGCCCUACUCCUGUACAGAAAAAUGCUAUCCCCAUUGUCAUGGCUGGUCGUGAUUUAAUGGCUUGUGCGCAAACCGGUUCGGGGAAGACAGCCGCCUUCCUCAUCCCCAUCUUGAACAGCAUGUACUUGAACGGCCCUGGAAACUCAAUUACUGCAUCGGUAAGAAGCACGAUAUUGCUAUAUUUGUUCCUAAGUACGAAACAAACAGACGAAAGCAAUUUCCAGUUGCGCUCAUACUCGCUCCUACAAGAGAACUGGCCUCCCAAAUUCAUGAGGAGGCUCGGAAGUUUUCCUACCGAUCCCGUGUUAGACCGUGCGUUGUGUACGGCGGUGCCGACAUGCGGAAGCAGCUUCAGGAGCUCUCCUACGGCUGUAACUUACUCGUAGCCACUCCUGGUCGCUUGCUUGAUGUUAUGGAUCGGGGCCGCAUUGGCCUAAACCACAUAAGGUAGGCAUUUGUACCUUUUUGGUUUACCGACUCUAGGUUUCUGGUGUUAGACGAAGCAGACAGGAUGUUAGACAUGGGCUUUGAACCGCAAAUCCGGAAAAUUGUAGAGGGUGACGCAAUGCCGCCAUGUGGCUCUCGACAAACGCUGAUGUUCUCCGCCACUUUUCCAAAGCAGAUUCAGGUAAUGUCCGAAUGACUUCAUUCUCCUCCAGGUGCUCGCCCAAGAUUUCCUGAGUGACUAUGUGUUCCUCACCGUCGGUAGAGUUGGAAGCACCAGCGAAAACAUUACACAGCAACUUCUUUGGGUUGCAGAGCACCAGAAGCGGGGUGCAUUGGUCGAUCUUCUUGCUGAGUCAGGUAUUUUGUUGCUUUGUUUAAUUUCCCAGAGCCCGGAGACAGAACGCUGAUCUUUGUGGAAACCAAGCGUGGAGCGGAUGCUCUCGAAGAGUAUUUAUAUCAGGAAAAGUAUUCUGUAGCCAGCAUCCACGGAGACCGGACCCAGGAAGACAGAGAACUUGCUCUAAACUACUUCCGCGUCGGUGUUACCCCCAUUCUGGUGGCCACAGCAGUAGCUGCUCGGGGUUUGGAUAUACCAAAUGUGAAGGUAUCACAGAAAAACAAUAUAACCUGUCCUCCCUAAGCACGUUAUCAACUACGACUUGCCCAGCGACAUUGAAGAAUAUAUCCAUCGCAUCGGUCGGACUGGACGCGUGGGAAAUCUCGGCAAGGCUACGUCAUUCUUUAACGAGAAGAACCGGAACCUCGCUGAGGAUCUAAUCGAACGUCUUGAGGAGGUUAACCAAGUUAUUCCAUCCUGGCUGAGGUCUAUAGUUGACGAGCCAAAUCGCAUGCAAUCAUCUGGCGGUCGAGGCCGAUCACGCAGGUAAGUGCACAGACGUGGUGCCCUUUGAAUCUAUUCUAACCGGCAUGCGUUUCGCAUACGAGUUUCAAUUCCACCCAUCUGUUACUCACGGAAUAAGGUUUCCGCAGGUAACGCUUGGAAUGCUUUGUUUUUCCAGUAAAGUUGGAGACUGGAAGGGUGAGUUGGCUCACUCGCUGUCGUCACUUAGCAAUGCCCCGUCCCCAAACCAAUACAUGUGGUCUAUGAAAUCCCAGGCUGGACCCAUUGCCGGCGAAAGGCAGUUAGUGGUCGCGAGGUGUUGGCGACGCAGGAAAAGUGACUAGAAUAACCAUUUCUCGUUUGUUCUUCACAGGCAGCCGACCGAUCACCCUCUGUUAUGAAACCAUCUGUAAAGUCUAAGCAGGUGCGUCGUGCCAGACAACAUCCCUUGACCGACAAAUGUCACUUCCGUGUGCUUGGAAUCAGUUGGCCGCAGUCGGUAUUAAAAAAUCUCGCUGGACGAAAUGUCCCGGGCCGUCCUCGGACAUUGUGCAGCUGUGUUAAGCUGCGGAUGGGAAAUGUCUUGUCCUGGAAGUUUAAUUUGUUGGACUAUUUCAAAUGUAAGGUUCAGUUUAGUUCCUCAAUUCUCUGAGCGUGGCAAGGCUUGUCGGACAGGCGCUCCGAGCUUACUGCAUUCCUGUAGCUCAGAACCUUUGUCAACUACGAUGCCUAGUCAGAUUUGCGUGUACUCUUCUUUGGGACUGCCCGUAGUUCACAUGGGAUCACGCAUCUAUAUUUAUUUUUGUGUUGCGGCGGGCAGUUCUCCAGUCAGUUAUUAAGACAGUUACCUUUCCUGGUGCAGACUGCGUCAUCGCACGGUCUGGUUGUGCUCACCUCAUUAAAGUGUAGCCGGUCUCUCGGCCGUUCUCUACUUGUUGAGUUUUUGUCUUGUUUCUGGCGUUUCGCUUAAAUGGCAGUUAUAGUAACCAUUCAAAUGCGGUUGCUUUUAUUGGUUAGUCCCUGCAACUCAUCCACGGAUAAAUUCCGACAACCUAACUACAAGCGCACUAGACAGAUUGACAAUCUAUCUCCUACCCAGUAACUGCGCUGAUGUGCCAACCAACGGCCUCAGUACUUUAGUGAGGGCACCAGGCAAUCGGUUAAGUAAUAAGCAAGCAGCAGCAGUAGUAGGCCGGUCUGGUGCGUUCCGAGUCAUGCCUUGGUUCCGUCUAUAUCUUUACCAUCUCAACCCUCUUCCUUUUCUCGCGGGAUCAGGGGCGGAAGUGGAUUCGGCGGCCGAGACUACAGACAGCAGCCUACGCGCGGAGGUGGGGGCGGAGCCUUCGCACCCGGCCCUGGCCGCAUUAACAGCAUGGGUGGACACGGCAUGAUGUCCUAUGGCGGAGGCAACUACGCCGGCGGUGGUGGCAGCAGCAGACCCAGAGGCGAUCGCACGGAUUGGUGGUCAAACGAACAGAGUUGA